CAAACCAAGCGCACGCGGCAGCGGAAAAUCGGACAAAACCAGUUGCCAGCCAGACGACAGCCGACAAGCGACGAAGUGAAAAGUCGCAAAUGUUUUUGCUCCUUGCCUUCAGUUAGCCCUGAAUCCUCGAACCGUGCGGACGUGUGUCCUUGUCGAACGCAAUUACACUUUUGAUUUAACCACCGAAAGACGUAAUUGUUGGCGCGGACUCUAAAACUAAAUAUUUCGAAAUUAUUUAAAAAUAAAAACGUAUUAAAAUCUUUUUACUAACUAACGGGCAACGAAUUCUUUUGGAUUUCGUAAAAAUGAGAAAAUGACAGCAAAACGUGAUAAGGAUUACUCAAAAAAUAAAUCAGCACCUGGAAUCGGAUUCAGUGCCGCCGGCUCAACCAAUGGCAGCGGCAUAAAGUCCAUCGGGCUGGUUAGCUCCACACAGAAUGUGACUUCGUCACAGGACAUCAGCAAGCGGACAAACAAACCACUUAUGGAGAAGCGACGGCGGGCGCGAAUCAACCAGAGCCUGGCUAUCUUGAAGGCCCUUAUCCUGGAGUCCACCAAGAGCCAAAAUGCCAAGAACGGUGAGGGCCAGGCAAAGCACACCAAGCUGGAGAAGGCGGACAUCCUGGAACUGACAGUUCGUCACUUCCAAAGGCAUCGCAAUCUUGAUGAUCCAACGGUUAACAAAUACCGAGCGGGUUACACGGACUGUGCUCGCGAGGUGGCUCGUUACUUGGCCACCCCGGAACCGCCACCCUUGGGAACCAUGCCAACUUUGGCGGAGCCCGGCUCCAAGGCGAGACUCCUGCGUCAUUUGGAUCAGUGCAUUGCAGAAAUCGACGUAGAGAUAUGUCCCCACUCGACGGCCACCUUUGCAGAGAGUCCCAGCAGCAGCAGCUGCUUUGACCUAAACCAUGCUAAGAAGUCUCAACCGGAGGAGCAUUCGUUGGACUACAGCAGUCAGGACUCGAAUCCCCUGGACUACAGCAAAGGUCUGAAGCUGGUGGCCACGGAGCAAAGAACCCUACCCGCCACGCCGGCACCGCAGGACGAAAACAACAAUCGUGGACUCCUGGCGCAGGCGCAAACUCCGAUUCCGAUUCAGGUGCAAAGUCAGACCCAAAGCCAAGCAUCGCAACAAGAUGUUGUUGCUACCAGCGAACUUAGCUACGAGGAGGAUCGGAACAAAGUGUGCGCCAAUGUCCUGGAGCAGUACAAGCAACAGUUAAAGGCGCAUGUGCAGCAGCAACCAGAAUCCGCUAAUGGAGUCCUGGUUUUACCGCCUCACUACGUACAACUGGCGGCUGCUCUGGGCCUUAGUGCCCAGCCUCUAGUUGAUCCCAUAGCCACUCGUACGGAUUUCGAGCGGUUAAUUGAAUUGCAAAGAGUUCAGCCACAUUUGGCCGGCAAGUUGAGUCCCAGUUUUCCCGGUGGUCUGGAGGCGGCUCAUGUAGCAGCCGCGGCAGCUGCAGCCUAUGCCAACAGUAUGGCGGUAGCCGCUUCCGCCGGCGCCACAGUCUCUGCCAUGGCCACAUCCGGUGGGGGAACGCCAUCAGUUCAUCAGGAGAGGCCUGCAUCGGUGGCAGCAUCUGUCAGUUCUGGAGUUUCUGUGUCGGAACUCAAGUCUAUGCCCGCCACACAGCAAUCCUCACCACGAUCCGAGAGCGGCAUCGGUUCCAAUGAGAACGAAGCUCCGGUGGCUAGUCCGCGCCCGCAAACAAGCAAUGCCGCCCGCCAGGCAUUAAGACAGCGCCAGGAGGAGGAAUACCACUAUAUGGCCCAAGCGGCGGCUGCUGCUGCCGCAGCGGCAGCUGGACAAGAUGAGAGCAUGUGGCGGCCCUGGUGAACUUGUGGGUCAGAGAUCCUAUGUACCAAGUAUGUAGACUGCACCAGGUUAGUUGAGUAAGAACCAGCCGGCAGCCGGCGGUUCUCAACCCCAACUGAUCGCCAAGUAAAGGAUGAUGCCUAUUGUUAUUACCGCUCUUCUGUGUAGCUCCUGAACCUUUCCGAAUUGCAUUUCCUACCCGUGCCAAUGCCCAAGACUCUCUACAAGAUGGGUUCCAGAGCCAUGUGGAGCUACCCCUUCAUUUAUGUGUGCAUUUGUUUUCGCCAUGAACUCCGCGUUAAAUGUAUUUAAUUCAAU